AGACCGUCUGAUUGUUCAGCGUUUAACCUGCAGACUGGAGAGGUGUUUUUCUUUUCUUUGUGAAGGAAGCCGAAGCCCAUUCCGAUACUUUUCUUCACAAGCUUCACUAGACUUAGACUUUGACACCGGACAGUGAGUUGGUCUUUUGCGGCGAGCAAGGAGAACAAAAGAGUGAGGGGCGUGUGUGUGGGACAUCUUGGAUGGUUCGGGCGAUGCUAGGAGAUCUGGGGUUAUUAUGUUCCUGUACAAAGCCUUGAAGCAGCGCGAUGAAGAGCAUUAUGUUGAGUCCCAGAAAUCCUGGAUAGAAAGAACUUUCACCAAGAGGGAAUGCGUAUAUAUUCUACCCGUGUCAAAAGACCCCCACAGAUGUCUUCCAGGAUGUCAGGUCUGCCAGCAGCUCGUGAGGUGCUGCUGUGGGCGGCUGGUCAGGCAGCAUGCGGGCUUUACCGCCAGCCUGGCCAUGAAGUACUCGGACGUGAAGUUGGGUGAGAAUGAGAUGCCGGAGCUGGAGGAGUGGUCGGUGGAGAAGCACACGGAGGAGAGCCCCACAGACUCCUAUGGCAUCAUCAACUUCCAGGGAGGAUCGCACUCCUACAGGGCCAAGUACUGUCGAAUGUCCUACGAUUCGAAGCCGGAGUCGGUGCUGCGCCUGAUGCUGAAGGAAUGGCAGAUGGAGCUGCCCAAGAUCCUCAUCUCUGUCCACGGGGGCGUCCAGAACUUCGAGCUGCACCCGCGCAUCAAGCAGGUGGUGGGCAAGGGCCUGAUCAAAGCAGCCGUCACCACCGGCGCCUGGAUCCUCACUGGCGGCGUCAACACAGGUGUGGCCAAGCAUGUGGGUGAUGCCCUGAAGGAGCACUCUUCCAGAUCCUCCCGGAAAAUUUGCACUAUUGGGAUCGCGCCCUGGGGCGUCCUGGAGAACAGGAACGACCUUGUUGGCAGAGAUGUUGUUGCCCCAUACCAAACCCUCCUGAACCCCCUGAGCAAGCUGAAUGUGCUGAACAGUCUGCACUCGCACUUCGUGCUGGUGGAUGAUGGGACGGUGGGGAAGUACGGGGCCGAGGUCAACCUGCGCAGAGAGCUGGAGAAACACAUCAACCUGCAGAGGAUCCACGCCAGAAUCGGGCAGGGUGUGCCAGUGGUGGCCCUGAUAUUCGAGGGGGGGCCCAACGUGAUUUUGACGGUGCUGGAGUACCUGCAGGAGAGCCCGCCUGUGCCAGUGGUGGUGUGCGAGGGCACCGGGCGCGCCGCAGACAUACUGGCCUACGUACACAAGCAGACCGAGGAGGGGGGGGGACUUCCAGAUGGAGUGGAAGCCGACAUUAUUGCCACAAUCAAGAAGACCUUCAACUUCAGUCACAGCGAUGCCAUCCACCUUUUUCAGACACUAAUGGAAUGCAUGAAGAACAAAGAACUGAUAACCGUCUUUCACGUUGGCGCGGAGGAUCACCAGGACAUAGACGUAGCCAUACUCAAAGCCUUCCUGAAAGGCACAAACGCCCCUGCAUUCGACCAGCUUGUUUUAACGCUGGCAUGGAACCGAGUUGAUAUAGCCAAGGAUCACGUAUUGGUGUACGGACAGCAACUACUGGUGGCGUCCCUGGAGCAGGCCAUGCUAGACGCCCUGGUGAUGGACCGCGUGGACUUCGUCAAGCUGCUAAUUGAGAACGGGGUCAGCAUGCAUCGCUUCCUGACAAUCAACCGCCUAGAGGAGCUGUACAACACGAAACAAAUACCAACCAAUCCAACUCUUUUUCAUCUGGUGAGAGACGUCAAACAGGGUAACUUGCCGCCUAACUACAAGAUCACGCUCAUCGACGUGGGCCUGGUCAUUGAGUACCUCAUGGGCGGGACCUACAGAUGCAACUACACUAGGAAACGCUUCAGGAUAAUCUACAACAACCUUCAUGGAAACAAUCGGCGGUCGGGGCGCCAUGCGGCCGGUGCCUCCCACCUCCGCAAGAACCACGAGUCCUUCAGCAUCCAGGCGGACAAGAAGGAGAAGACCCGGCACAAUCACUUCAUCAAGACCGCCCAGCCUUACAAGCCCAAGCCGGAGUCGUCGACGGAGCAGGCAAAGAAGAAGAGCAAGGAGGACAUCGUGGACAUCGACGACCCGGAGACGCGGCGCUUCCCGUACCCCUUCAACGAGCUGCUGGUGUGGGCGGUGCUGAUGAAGCGCCAGAAGAUGGCCCUGUUCUUCUGGCAGCACGGGGAGGAGUCCAUGGCCAAGGCCCUGGUGGCCUGCAAGCUGUGCCGCUCCAUGGGCUACGAGGCCAAGCGCAGCGACGUGGUUGACGACACCUCCGAGGAGCUCAAGGACUCUUCCAAUGAGUUUGGGCAGCUGGCGGUGGACCUGCUGGAGGAGUCGUUUCGUCAGGACGAGACCAUGGCCAUGAAGCUGCUGACGUACGAGCUGAAGAACUGGAGCAACUCCACCUGCCUCAAGCUGGCAGUCUCCUCGCACCUCAGGACCUUCGUGGCGCACACCUGCACGCAGAUGCUGCUCUCAGACAUGUGGAUGGGACGCCUCAACAUGCGCAAGAACUCCUGGUACAAGGUCAUUUUGAGCAUCCUGGUCCCUCCUGCCAUCCUGCUGCUGGAGUACAAGACGAAGGCGGAGAUGUCCCACAUCCCCCAGUCUCAAGACGCACACCAGAUGACCAUGGACGACAGCGACCACAACCUGCAGCACCCCGCAGAGGACAUCCAAAUGGACGUGUUUAAGGAGGUGCGCAUGAAUGACAACGUGGAGGUGAAGAGUGAGACGGAGGUGCACGUGAGGUCGCGGAGGUUACCCAUCACCAGGAAGUUCUACGCCUUCUACCACGCGCCCAUCGUAAAGUUCUGGUUCAACACACUGGCGUACCUGGGCUUCCUGAUGCUGUACUCGUAUGUGGUCCUGGUCAAGAUGCCUGCCUUCCCCUCUCCGCAGGAGUGGGUGGUCAUCCUUUACAUCUUCACCUCGGCCAUAGAGAAAGUGCGAGAGAUGUUUAUGUCUGAGGCUGGGAAAAUAGGUCAGAAGAUCAAAGUGUGGUUCAGUGACUAUUUUAACAUAUCGGACUUUGCCGCAAUUGUGUCUUUCUUCGUGGGGUUCGGCCUGAGGUUUGGCCAUCCGGACGGAGAGGUGUUUGUGGCCGGGAGAAUUAUGUAUUGCUUGAAUAUUAUAUUUUGGUACGUGCGUCUCCUCGACAUCCUGGCAGUCAACCAACAAGCUGGGCCUUACGUCAUGAUGAUCGGCAAAAUGGUGGCCAACAUGUUCUACAUCGUGGUGAUCAUGGCCAUCGUGCUGCUGAGCUACGGCGUCCCCAGACAGGCUAUCCUGUACCCCAACGAGACGGCCUCGUGGAACCUGGCCAAGGAGGUGGUCUUCCAGCCCUACUGGAUGAUGUACGGUGAAGUGUACGCAUAUGAAAUCGAUGUGUGCGCUGAUAAUUUGGAGGAAACCAUGCGGGAUAAGGGUCUGUGUAGAGCUGGGGUGUGGCUGACCCCUCUCCUUCAAGCCGUCUACCUCUUUGUUCAGUAUAUCCUCAUGGUCAACCUCCUCAUCGCCUUCUUCAACAAUGUGUAUCUGCAAGUCAAAUCCAUGUCCAACCUGGUGUGGAAGUACCAGCGCUACCACUUCAUCAUGGUGUAUCACGAGAGGCCGGUGCUGCCCCCUCCCCUUAUCUUCCUCAGCCACCUGGCUUCCCUCUUCGCCUACCUCUGCCGCAAGAGGAAGAAGGACCAGACAUACGGCCCCAAGCUGUUUCAGACUGAGGAGGAUCAGAAGAAGCUGCAUGACUUUGAGGAGCAGUGUGUGGAGACCUACUUCCACGAGAAGGACGACCAGUUCCACACGGGCAGCGACGAGAGAAUCAGGGUUACCUCGGACAGGGUGGAGAGCAUGUUCAUCCAGAUGAAGGAGGUGGGCAACAAGGUCAACUUCAUCAAGCGCUCGCUGCACACGCUCGACUCCCAGAUCGGACACCUGCAGGACCUCUCGGCCCUCACCGUGGACACCCUGAAGUCCCUGACCGCUCAGCACGCCUCUGAAGCCAGCAAGGUGCACAACCAGAUCACAAGGGAGCUGAGCAUCACCAAGAACUUGGCCUCUAGCGUAGCGGACGGCAACGUGUCCGGUCUUCCCCACAAGUCGUCCGCCCUCGCCCGCCACAGUGCCGCCUACUUCCCCCCGCCCCUGCCCCUGCCACCGCACAUGCCUCCCUCCUCGGGCAACAUCGCCGAGUCACUGUUCGGCAGCGGCGCCUACGAGGUGCUCCCCCGGAGACCCGGCGGUUCAGAGCAGGCUCUGGCCCUGAGUCCCGAGAGGCGGGCCCUGGGCGCCUUGCCGACGUCCUCCGCAGCAUCCCUGUCCUCGGCGUCAGCGUCGGCCGCGCUCAACAUCCCGGAGGCCGGUCCUUCGGGCAGCAGUGCCUUAACCCACAGUGCCGCCUCCUUCGCCUCGGCAACCGCCUCCGGCGCUGCGGGUACCGCCGGGGUGGGUCCUCCCGCGGAGCUGCAUCUGCGUCGCCACUCCUACAUGAGCCGGCACCCUGGAGGCCGCCCCCUGGUGGAGGACUCCCCCAGUAGCCUCCCUGGAGCCCCUGCUGGCCACGCUUACGGGGCGGCCGCCGCGGCAGCACAGUUCUUCGUCAGCACCCCCUCCCAACCCACCGAUGCCACGCGCAGGCUCUCCCUGGCCUCCCAGCCCGAGCACGACCCGCCCCUGUCCGAGGGCUCCGCCGUGGAGUUCGGGGCCUUCGUUGGUCAUAAAGAUGACGUGGAUCUGCAACCCUCCUUUCCCAGAGGCGAAUCUGCUGCUACUAGUGCUGCUACGGCUGCAGGUGCCAGCCAACAGUCCGCUGCAGCCAAGAAAGCCAAGGCCAUGGGUCACAGUCAAGGUCACAUGAGGACGGUGAACUCGUACGCCGGCUUCACAGAGUUCGACCGCAACCCCUCCUUCCUGCAUCCCGAAUCCACGCUGAGUAAGCGGGAUCAUAGUCGUGUGUCUGCAGAGGACAUCCUGGUUCACAAGGACCCGCGCUCCGCCCUGCUUCUGGAGCGGGUGCAGGGCAAAUCGGCCCAGGCCAACAGCCUAAGUCCCCCAGAUGACGCCCUAAAUGCUGCAGCAUGCUUGUACACAGCCCGGCACGCACACCUGGGAAGCAGGAAGGACUCUAUCGGGUCGCCAUUCAAGCCCAUGGAGAGCUACCAGUACUCAGCUGUGGAGCGCAACAACCUCAUGAGGUUGUCUCAGAGCAUCCCGUUCACCCCUGUGCCCCCUAGAGGAGAGCCAGUGACGGUGUACCGUCUGGAGGAGAGCUCCCCGAACACCAUCAACAACAGCAUGUCAUCGUGGGCGCAGCGCGGCCUGUGUGCCAAGAUCGAGUUCCUGAGCAAGGAGGAGAUGGGCGGGGGCCUGCGGCGCGCCCUCAAGGUGCUGUGCACCUGGUCCGAGUACGACAUCCUGAAGCCGGGACACCUGUACAUCGUCAAGUCCUUCCUGCCCGAGGUGGUCAACACCUGGCAGAGCAUCUACAAGGAGGACACUGUGCUGCACCUCUGUCUCAGGGAGAUUCAGCAGCAGAGGGCCUCCCAGAAGCUAACGUUUGCCUUCAACCAGAUGAGGCCCAAGUCCAUCCCCUACUCUCCCAGGUUCCUGGAGGUGUUCCUGCUGUACUGCCACUCUGCAGGCCAGUGGUUCGCCAUCGAGGAGUGCAUCACCGGCGAGUUCCGCAAGUUCAACAACAACAACGGGGACGAGAUCGUGCCGACCAACCUCCUGGAGGAGACCAUGCUGGCCUUCAGCCACUGGACAUACGAGUACACGCGCGGGGAGCUGCUGGUACUGGACCUGCAAGGUGUCGGGGAGAUUCUGACAGAUCCCUCCGUGAUCAAGAGCGGCGAGAAGGGCUCCCACAACAUGAUCUUCGGUCCGGCCAACCUGGGGGACGAUGCAAUACGGAACUUCCGGGCCAAGCACCACUGCAACUCCUGUUGCCGCAAACUGAAGCUUCCUGACCUGAAGAGGAACGACUACACGCCAGACAAGGUGACCCUGAGUCAGGACAGCCCCCCCGAUGACCCCUCUCCUCCCCCUCCCCCUCCUCCUCCUCCUCCACCUGCCCAUGGCCCCGCCCAGCCCAGCAGCAGCAGCAGCAGCACCAAAGAACCGCGGCCAGCCAUGCGCCUCAUGCUGUAGGAGCGGUAGAGAGAGAGAGAUGGAGAGAGAGAGAGAGAGAGAGAGAGAGAGAGAGAGAGAGAGAGAGAGAGAGAGAUGGACAGAGAAGGAAG